AUGAAUAACUAUUUUACGAGUGGAUCAAAUCGGCUACUGUUUCCUAACAGAGGCAAAGAGCAUCCGAAUACUUUGCCAAAUAUUGAUAUCCGUUCAGUCAAUCCCAUGGUUCAACUUGGAUUUCUGAUGUCAUUGGAAAGACAAGUGGAACCCCAACCUUUUGAGCUCGUGUUUACUCAAAGACGCAUCGAAACACUUUAUAAAAUCGGGGUCGGUUCCUACAGUGAAGUUUACGGUUUCGAGGGUGAGGGUGUAGUUGUAAAACUGACUCCUUUUGGUGGAUCUGUACCCUUUCACAACCGACCACAAGUGAAGAUUGUGGACAUGUAUAUGGAGGUCGCUGCAACAAUGGAAAUCUCAAAUCUCAGAAAUGUUCACAAUAGCAGUUGUAAAACGGAAAACUUUGUCCUGUUAAGGAACAGUGUGGUUCUCAUAGGGUCACUGCCAAAAUAUCUCAUAGAUGCAAAGCGGAAAUCGAACGAAUCAGUCCCUGUGCAAUAUGCGGAAGAAGAUAGCUUUCCGGAUGACCAACUUUGGAUUGCAUUUGAAUUCAGUUAUGGUGGAGAGACUAUAUCAAAUUACUGGACGGCUCUUGCAUUAGCAGUCGGAGAGCGCCGAUUAGAACUUGAACAUCGAGAUUUGCACCUCGGUAACGUACUAAUCUCGCAAAAAAGUCAUGAUUGCACAUAUGCUCCACCUCCAUCAUAUAUUAAUGGCGUGAAAUAUCAACCCAUCGGUGGACCUCCUGUGCAAAUUAUCGAUUUUGCCUUUUCUCGACUUCAGAGAGCCGAUGGUUCUAUGCUGUAUGUUGACAUGACGGAAAAGUGUGAGAGACUACGAAAUAAAAGUGAUACGGUGGCUCAAAUGUAUACUAUGAUGCAAGAACUUACUCAGUGA